AUGUUCCACUGCAGACGAAAACAGGGUAUAAGCAGAGCACGAACAGAGGGAACGAGGGAAAUAUUAGACCCUAAUUUCGACUUCACGGCUCUUAACGACGUGGAUUCAGAUUCGGACGGAGACUCGCAAGAUAUCGACUCUAAAAUACCGGACCGGAGUCGUGUUGUUUCGGAGUCUGUUACUUUACAGGAAUCUUCUGACACGUGUCAGUGUAAGAAAUGUGUCCCAGUACCUGAACUUGAUCCCGUAGCUCUUCAACAAAUAACUGAUAGUAUCGAGAAUAUUGGGCUGAACAGUGAUAUACCGGACUCUUGGAAAUUGUUAGAGGGAAAGUUCUCCUCGGUAAACGCGUUUUCUCGGACCCACCUGACUUCCUCAAUCCAAGUUACGGAGCUGGAUAUGCCGUUAGAUUGUGGAUAUUUGUGGUUUAUGUGGUCGGAUAGUAAUAACGAAGGUUACAAUAGACAGGAUUUUUACCAACUGUUGGUGAAUAACUGCACUCCUGAAUGUAACGAAACAAGGACCAUUCACUUUGAAAAGGUAAGAGCGUUCAGGCUCGAACCAGAACUCUCGGAAUCAGGAGCGUACGUUACUAUUGACGGUGAACUGGUACCGUACGAACCGCUACACGCCUGUAUAUUCAAGGGCAUCGCUCGAGUCAUCUGCUUACCAUUAAUGGAUUAAGAGACUUUGUUGUGGGAGGUCACGUGGUAUGGUGUGUGACGUCACGUGAUAUGGUGUGUGACGUCACGUGAUAUGGUGUGUGACGUCACGUGAUAUGGUUUGUGACGUCACGUGACAUUGAGUGUGUUUCACUUGAUU